UUAAGUAUUCAGGCCUCAGCUUUUAAUAUUAAUGCUCUAUGUCAACAUCAACCACUCUCUCUCUCUCUCUCUCUCUCUCUUUAUGGGUAGACUACAAUCUGCACAAACUUGGAUGAAAAGAGAAGAACCCACAUGAUUGAUUGUGAGUACCUGGGCAUCAUCAACUGUCUUCUUCUUCUUUUGUACUAAUACUGAUCACAGAUAACAAUCAGACCUGUUAGCAAUCUGGGUGUGACACAUCAUUAGCUUAGAGCAGCCAUGCUCUUGAGGCGACCCUCCCAUUCUUCUUCACCUCAGCCCAACAGAAUCAAUCCCUUUGGCUCUCUCUUUUUGGAUUUGUUCCUACUAAUCCUAUUUCUAAUCCUAUCUUUCUUCUCCAAUCCUAGCCAUGCCUCCUGUAUCCCACUUGAUCGUAACUCUCUGUUGUCCUUAUCUUUCAACAAUUCUACUUCCCCACCUUUAAAUUGGCCUCCUUCAAUUGAUUGCUGCUUGUGGGAAGGAAUCACUUGCGACGGGAACAAUCGGGUGAUACGACUAUGGCUACCCUUCAGAGGACUUCGUGGAAGCAUCCCUCCCUCUAUUACAAACCUCACCAGUCUCUCUCAACUCAAUCUCUCUCAAAAUAGGCUCUAUGGUCCACUCCCAGAUGGAUUUUUCACAUCUUUGAAUAGCCUUGAGAUCAUUGACUUGAGCUAUAACAGCCUCUCUGGACCACUACCAUCAUCUGACAGAUUGCCAAAUACAAUUCAGACAGUGGAUUUAUCCAGCAACCACUUCACUGGAACAAUCCAAUCUUCAUUUCUCCAGCCAGCGGCGAAUUUGUUAAGUUUCAAUAUCAGUAACAACAGCUUCACUGGCCUGAUUCCUUCCUCUAUUUGUAGCAAUUCACCAUCCCUUGGGCUUAUUGAUAUCUCGUUUAAUCACUUCAUCGGUCACAUUCCUCAAGGAUUUGGGGCGUGUUCCCAACUGGAGGUCUUACGGGCAGGUUUCAAUCUUCUCUCAGGACAGCUUCCCAAUGAUAUCUACAACAUUACAGCCCUGGAAGAACUCUUCUUACCUGCUAAUGAGCUCAAUGGAACCAUUGACGAAGGGAUUGUUAGGCUCGUUAACCUCAGAAUCCUUUCACUCUACGGUAAUGAAUUUUCUGGCAUGAUCCCUCAGAAUAUUGGGAACCUAUCUAACUUGGAACAGUUGCUCCUUCACAUUAACAACCUGAAUGGCACUCUGCCUCCAUCUCUGAUGAAUUGCAGCAGUCUCAUAACAUUGAUUUUAAGGGUCAACUUCUUCGUAGGUGAACUCUCGAGUCUUGAUUUUUCCAAACUCGUCCAACUUAGCACCAUUGACCUUGGGGACAACUACUUCUCUGGUACCUUGCCACCAAGCCUUUUCUCUUGCAAGUCAUUGACUGCAAUUCGAUUGGCUAGUAACAAGCUAGAAGGAGAGGUCUUGCCUGAAAUACUUGCAUUACAAUCUCUGUCCUUCCUCUCGAUUUCUAAUAACAGCCUGACCAAUGUCACAGGAGCAAUGUGGAUUUUGAUGGGUUGCAAGAACCUCAGUACCCUCGUUCUCUCAAAGAAUUUUUUUGGUGAAGCAAUACCAGAUGAUGGAAGCAUAGUGGCUCCUGUAGGAUUUCAAAAUCUCCAAAUUCUUGGUCUAGGUGGUUGCUUAUUCACUGGUCAAAUUCCCACUUGGCUCUCUAAGCUAAAGAAGCUAGAGGUACUUGACCUGUCUGUUAAUCGAUUAACAGGCUCAAUUCCAGGUUGGUUCGGGACUCUUCUAAAUCUCUUUUAUUUAGACUUGUCAUCAAACCUCCUUGAGGAAGAGUUUCCAAAGGAACUUAUCGGACUGCCAAGACUGACAUCGCAGCAGUAUGCUGAUCAGAUAGGCCGAAGUUAUUUGGAGUUGCCCGUCUUUGUUCAGCCCAACAACGCUUCAAAUCUGCAAUACAAUCAGCUUGCCAACCUGCCACCGGCUAUAUACCUAGGAAACAACAGCCUUAGUGGCAAUAUCCCAAUUGAGAUCGGCCAACUGAAGUUUAUUCAUGUCCUAAGUCUUAGCAUUAACAAUUUUUCUGGCAGUAUUCCUGAGACCAUAUCUAACCUCACUAACCUGGAACGACUGGACCUCUCUGGAAACCAUCUUUCAGGUCAAAUCCCUUCAUCACUCCAAAAUCUCCACUUUUUGUCCUUUUUUAGUGUCGCAAACAACAGUCUCCAGGGUCCAAUACCAACAGGAGGGCAGUUUGACACCUUUCCCAAGUCCAGCUUCGAAGGAAACCCAGGGUUAUGCGGUCCAAUUCUGCAGCGCCCUUGUUCUGAUCAACCAGCCACUAAGCAGCCUUCAGCACCUAGAAAAAUCCCAAAAAAGAAAAUAAUGAUCGGACUCAUCCUCGGGAUCUGUUUUGGCGUGGGCGUCACUCUCACGGUGUUAGCAUUGUGGAUAUUGUCCAAGUGGAGAAUCCUUCUGAAAUGUAACCCUGACAAAAUCGACUUGGAUACUUUAUCCUUCAACUCUAAUUCUGGAAUAUCUAACGAGUUUGUCAGGGAUACAAGUCUAGUCAUAUUGUUUUCAAACAAUGUAAGCGAUACCAAGGACCUCACAAUAUCUGAGAUCUUGAAAGCGACUGAUAAUUUUAACCAAGCAAAUAUCAUUGGUUGUGGGGGUUUUGGCUUGGUUUACAAAGCAACCUUAGCAAAUGGGACCAAGUUGGCUGUAAAGAAACUUUCAGGAGAUAUGGGUCUGAUGGAAAGAGAAUUCAAAGCAGAGGUAGAGGCUCUAUCCACAGCCCAACACGAAAAUCUAGUUUCCCUGCAAGGUUACUGUGUGCAUGAUGGCUUUCGAUUACUGAUAUAUUCGUACAUGGAGAAUGGAAGCCUGGACUACUGGUUGCAUGAGAAGACGGAUGGAGCAUCCCAACUUGAUUGGCCAACUCGACUGAAGAUUGCACAAGGGGCAAGCUGUGGCCUGGCUUACAUGCACCAGAUCUGCGAACCACAUAUUGUGCACCGUGACAUAAAGUGCAGCAACAUACUCCUUGAUGAAGAGUUUGAAGCACAUGUGGCAGAUUUUGGGUUGUCCAGGUUGAUUCUUCCAUAUCAUACUCAUGUCACCACUGAACUGGCCGGCACCCUCGGCUAUAUCCCUCCAGAGUACAGUCAAGCAUGGAUAGCCACUUUGAGAGGGGAUGUGUACAGUUUUGGAGUUGUUAUGCUUGAGCUUCUCACCGGGAAGAGACCCGUGGAGGUAUUUAAGACAAAGAUGUCAACAGGAUUGGUUGUGUGGGUGCAGCAAAUGAGAAGUGAAGGCAAACAAGAUGAAGUAUUUGAUCCUCUCUUGAGAGGAAACGGCUUUGAAGAAGAGAUGCUGCAGGUGCUUGACGUGGCCUGCAUGUGCGUCAACCAGAACCCUUUCAAGAGACCAACAAUUAAGGAAAUAGUUGACUGGCUCAAGAAUGUAGGGACCAACCGGCAGACAACAAAAUAAGAGCAACUGUCGCGUACAUACAAAACUCCGGGUUUGUUGUUGUUGCAGAUUUCGAUGCAAUAGACAGAUGUAACUACUUGGCUGUGCAGGUUAUCUUUUUUGCUUCUUUUACACAUAUAUGUUAC